GAUGAGGGCCGAGAUGAUGGAGCUCUUGCCGGCGCCCUCGUCGCCGACGAGGACGACUCGCACGUCGCGCAUGAGUGGCGGUGGGUCGAGCUAGAGUGCAGCAGGUGCUUGUGAGCGCAGCAGGUACGCAGCUCGAGCGAGAGCGGUGGUACGGCGAGGGCCAACCUCUGAGCGCCCUCCGCCUCUCUCUCGCUCUCCGCCCACUCUCUCGCUCGUCGCCAUGGUCCAGGGGUUCAAGGCCAAGCCGCCUGCCAACACGCACAAGAACAAGUCGACCACCCAGAAGAAGCAGCAGCCAAAGGACCUCAAGAAGGGAGCCCGCGUGAUCGCUCCCAAGAAGGCCGCUGCAGUCUCGGUCGGCGUCGUCCACCGCAAGAACACAUCGUCACACGCCACCGGCCUCGAGAAGAACAUCGCCGCCCAGGCCCUCUCGCACGGCAAGCUCACCAUCAUGCGCAAGGCCGCCGAGGAGAAGAAGGCCGCCACCGACAAGGCAAAGGCCAAGUGAACCGCGCCCGGCCCCCUUGCGCCUCGUGUCCGUCGCUCUCUCUUCUCUCUGUUGUACCUCUCCGCGUGUUGUGCAACACCGUCCCGUCCUUGGCGUG